GUUUGUUGUGUGCAAUUUUAUUUCCUUUUGAAUGUUAAUUGAGUGAAGAUGAGUAAAAACCAUUCUUCUAUUGCUAUUAAUGGGGAUUUAUCUCAUAAACAGAUAGAAAAUGCAGACGAUACGACAGUUCCGGGGACUGUCAAACCAUCAUAUUCCAUAGGUCGACAGAGACGAUUGCAUGCAGGACUAGGAAUGGGCCAGAAAAUUACUCACAAGUCUGAUAAAGGGGAUUCUCAAUCUUAUUCUGCUGAUCAAAGUCCUGUCUUAAGAACAAAUAAUCGGAAUAAAAUUCGCGAUCGCAGAAAGUGUAUUUCAGAGGAUAUUACAGGAAAAGUAGAGUCGUCAUAUGAGAAAAGUGGGAAAUCUUCAUGUUUUCCUGGACGAUUCCAGACAAAAGACAGCAGUAUCAUGAUGAAAAGAGAUAGGUCAUCAAGUAUAAAAUCUGAUUCAUCUGAUGUAGAACUUGCAGGGAAAAGUUCAACAAAUAUGGAUAAUAAGUCCAGGAUUAGUGAUCGAUCCCAUGACUCGAGCAACAACUCGGAUGAUUCUGUAACAAAAACAUUUCAAAUUAAGAAAGUGGAAGAAAAUGAUGAUGUGGUGAAAAAGGAGAGAAAAAUAACUUCUUUUUCUGGUCGGAAAUUGAAGCAACCAGCAAAGAGGAGAUCAUUUGAAGUAUGUACUGUGAAAAGUAGUAGUCCAAAACCUAUCACUGAAGGGUCUGUAACUGAUUUGGAUAUUAAUGACACAGACAAACCGGCUAUAUAUUCUGAGGAUAUCUCUUCUCAAAGUACUGCAGACAGUGCUAUUAGUCUUGGAGUACUUAGUAGUGCAUCUGUUAAAGAGUUGGAAUCUGGUGAGAUACCAAGAGAUUCUCUAUUGGAUGCUGGAAUAUCUGAAAAGAUAGAGAAGAAAGUAGAUGGCGAAGUUGUCAAAAAGGAAGAUGAAGUUGAUGAAAAAGCUGAAAAAGCAGUUGCAACUUCACCAGAUGGACGUUUUAUGAAAUUUGAUGUUGAAAUUGGAAGAGGCUCCUUUAAAACUGUUUAUAAAGGAUUAGACACCGAAACGGGAGUAGCAGUUGCAUGGUGUGAAUUACAGGAUAAGAAAUGGAACAAAACUGAGAGACAAAGAUUCCGAGAAGAAGCUGAAAUGUUGAAAGAACUGCAACACCCAAAUAUUGUCAGAUUUUAUGACUCAUGGGAAGAACCAAAUCCAAGAAACAGGAAAGUUAUUGUGCUUGUGACCGAGCUUAUGACUUCUGGUACUCUGAAGACGUAUAUCAAGAGACUGAAAAAGAUUUACCCCAAAGUACUGAAGAAUUGGUGUAAGCAGAUAUUGAAAGGCCUCUACUACCUACAUAUGAGAACACCCCCAGUGAUCCAUCGAGAUCUCAAGUGUGAUAAUAUCUUCAUCACUGGUACAACAGGGUCGGUCAAGAUUGGUGACCUAGGGUUGGCAACACUGAAGAACAAAUCUUUUGCUAAAAGUGUAAUAGGUACGCCAGAAUUUAUGGCUCCUGAAAUGUAUGAAGAGCACUAUGACGAAUCUGUGGAUGUGUAUGCGUUUGGAAUGUGCAUGUUAGAAAUGGCAACGUCCGAGUACCCUUACAAGGAAUGUUCUAAUGCUGCUCAGAUCUACAGACGAGUGACAAGUGGAGUGAGACCAGAGGCAUUUUCAAAAGUGGAUGGGGCUGAAAUAAAGGAAAUCAUAGACGCAUGUAUCAGAUCCAAAAUAGAAGACAGGUACACAGUGAAGGAUUUACUGCAGCACAACUUCUUUCUAGAAGACAAUGGACUCAAAGUUGAAGUGGUGACUAGAGAGGAAGAAGAAAUUGACUCUUCAUCUGUUCAGUUGAGACUUCGUGUUGUUGACCCAAAGAAGCGGAAAGACCGGCACAAAGAAAAUGAGGCCAUUCAGUUUGACUUUGACAUUGAAAAUGAUGUCCCAGAAGAAGUUGCUCAAGAGAUGGUCAAGUCAGGAUUUCUUCAGGAAGAAGAUGUUAAGAUUGUAAGCAAGCAGAUUCGCGAUAGGAUAAGUAUGGUAAGGAGAGACAUAGGCCGCAAAGCUGCAGAGGCUCAUAGCAAAAGUGAGCAACAUGGAGGGUCACAGUUGCAACUUCAUUCCUCCCAACAGCAGAUUUCCCAUAGUACAAGCACUACAGAUGUGUCAAUGUCAGUAGAUAGCCAGGCGCCAUCACAAACACAACUACAGCAACAGCCACAUUCACAGCAAGCCACUGUGUCCCAAAGCCAGGUUGUCCAGUCUCAGUCAACUGUCUCUCAGUCCUUGUCUCAGCACCAGUCACUCACUCAGCAAACCUACACUUCAAGUGAAGAGGCUUUAGCUACAGCAAGUCCUGAGGGCGAGACGAAACCUUCAGCUCACCAUUCUCAAGUAUCACAGCAGGCUGUCAAACCUUUACAAGAAAAGACAGAAGGAGAACAAUCUAUUCAAGAUGUCCAGAAUAUACAGGCUGCAAAUCUGGAACAGCUGAACAUAUCUGCAGCACAGCAACAUCAGCAACAGACGGGAACAUCCAAGCCUGUUCAGCCAAGUGGUGCAUCUGCCACUCCCUCUUCCACAAUCACAAGCAGUCUGUCUUCAGGAAACCUGAAUGAUGAACACCGGGAGAGUGAAAGUGAAAUGACUGGUAAAGGGGAUGAUAGGAAAAGGAGAACACGUCCAAAAAGACGAAAGACAUUAGAAAGAGCCCCAAGACUUACAAUUCUAAGUUACGAAGCAGAUGAUGAAGAAGUGGAAUGCCGUUUGGAUUUGUCAAACAGAAACACAGUCACUUUCAAAUUUGCAUUAGAAAAUGACAAGCCAAACGAAAUUGCUGAAAGUUUGGUACAAGAAGAUAUACUUCCAGAGGUCCAGUCCAUUAUGAUAAUCAAACUUCUACAAGAAGUAAUCAAAAUGGUGACAGAGGAUCCAGUUAAGGCUGUGCAUGUCUGUCUAAGUUAUGUGAGCACCCCAUCAUCUAGUCCAAGCUCUAUCAGAAAGGCAAGGCCACCUACUGAUUCAGAUGCUGCAAAGAAACUCUUUGAUUGUGAACUAGAGCAAACAUCAGAUGAUGGUCGAACUGAGGUUGGAGUUCAUGUCAUAACUGAGAGGAAACAUGAUGAGGCAACUGAAACAGAGGAAUCGCGUGUGGUUGAAAGUAAAAACAGAAGCUUCAUUGUAAGCAGAGUACCAGAAAAGACUGUGCUAGAUUCCAAAAUUUCUGAGGAUGAUGGAGGGGAAUGGGACAAUUAUGUGUCUCCUGAAAAUACACAGAAAUCUUUGCCAUCUUCCAGCACUACAACAGUUAACCAUUAUCCUGUAGAUGGUGAUGGCUCAGCACUUUCCGAUUCCGAAAAAUCAUUAAAGGGGUCAUCAAAAGUUCCUGUGGACAUCAGUGAUCUGAAUGAAAAACUUAAUCAACUUACACAGAAAUCUGUCCCAGGUCAAGGUGUAGGUUCUCUUCAAUUACCUGAAGGUACUCCAUUCCCAACUCAAACAACGGGAAGUGGAACUGCACCAACACCUGUUGCUGACACUCAUGGUAGUAUGGUAGAUGUCCAAAACCAGGGAAAACUGCCUCAGUCAGAUCAACAACAGCCUAAAUCUGUUCAAACCUCACAAGCACAAACUCAACAACAAAUUCCACAGAGUGUGUCUGGGGCAACAGUGCAAUCACAACCUCAGCAGUCUUCAGAUACUUCAGGUCUGCCUGGUUUUCAGCAACAAUUUCAAGGGCAAAGCCAAACUCCUCAAGGUGUUUCUCAAGCAGUACCACAGUAUAUGACCCAGGGGCAAAAUUUAGACUCCAGUAUUGGUAAUAUGCCACAACAGCAACAGAUGUUUGCACAGUACCCUGGAAUGAUGAUGCCACCUCCACCACUGUAUUCAGCUGAUCCAUACAUGUUGCAGAUGCAAUUCUAUAAUCAGCAGGUUUUGCAGCAGAUCGCCUGGAGGCAAAUGCAACAACAGCAACAGAAUCAGCAAGUGCAACAACCUAAUGCCCAGUCCAUAAAUCAAUUUGGACCACAGAUGUUCAUGCCUCCAGUUUUCAUGCCACCAGGACAGAUGGGCUUUUAUCCUCAGAUGCAGACAGCACCAGCUCAACAAGCGCCAGGUCAGCAGCAGCCGCUGCCUCCAUCUACUGGUGAAAGUGGUGCACCAAUGGGUGAUUCUAAGCCAACUUCACCCUCGCAAAGUAGAAAACGACUAGACCAGGUAGAUGGGGCAGAUCUCCCUUCUCCCAUGCCAAAAAAAGCUGAGUACAGCAUUAAGAGUCUGGAGGAGGGAUUGAAAAAAAUACAUGGCAGAACUAAAGAGAAGGAUUCGCUUGGUGCUAAUGGGCAGGAUGGCCAGAAAUUGGGAUUGGACAUUGUAACGGAUGCCUCUCAUUCGCAAAUUGAUCAGCUGUCUGAUGAUGGUAGUGCAGGUGAUUUUAGGGAGGACGGUGAUUUAGGAAUAGUAUCUAAGCAAGCUGAAGCUGUUAAACAAUCAAGAUUUAGUGUUAGUAAAGUGAAUGAGGACACAUUCGCUAAUCAGGAUGUUCCUGAUUCUUCUGAUGUUGCAGACACAACGAAAUGUGAACAAAAUGAUGAUGUAGAUGUUAAAGCAACAUUAGAAAAUAUAUUGAACAAUGUUGCAAAUGAUGAUAUAACAAUGAGGUCAACUUCAGAAGAAACUCCAAAAAGUCAGAGGAAAAGUCGUUUUCUUGUAACUAAAGUUUCAGAGGAAAAGAAGACAGAAGAAGGACCAUCACAGUCUAUGAAUGAGGUGGUGGUUGAUUCUCUGGCUGAUGGUGGUGGGGCUUCUAGUAUUAAAGAUCCCUCUGAUUCUAGUCAACUUAUUAUCUCUGAUCUAAAGCAAGAUGGUGAACAGAAAAACACUUCCACUGCUGAAGAUUGUGAAGUAAUAGAGGAAGAACAGAUGGAGAAAGAAUUCCUGGAAGCUGGAUAUGAUAAUGAUUCUAUAAGUAAAGAGACAUCAAUACAGUCAGAAACAAGAGAGAAGGAAGUAAAAGAUGAUUCCUAUCAACGUUUGCUUAAAGACCCGGAGUACAAUACCAUGAUGUUGAGGCAUCGAGAAGAAAUGACUGAACUUAGAGAUUUGAUGACACAACUUCAUAAAAAGCAGGAUGAUGAACUCAAAGAUUUCAUGAAAACCAAAGGGUACAAGUUCAAAUUUAUGAUUCCUGCUCCUCCUCCGCCACCACCGCCACCUCUUCCAGGCAUUGGCCGCUGUGGCAAUGGAAAUAUGCUAAGUCCCUUAAAUUUUGCAACGCUUCCAAAUCCUCUUGCAACCCAGCUUGUGUCAUCAUGUUCUUCUGUGUCUUCUUCAGGAAGUAUACUCUCGUCUUCAAAGUUUUCAGAGAGUGCUCAGAAAUCAAAGUCAAAGGUGGCAUUGCCAUUGGAUGAAACAACCUCUUCCAAAGAAUGUCAGAAUGUGCUAUUGGAUAACAGGCAGUCUGAGGGUAGUGACAGAUCUCCACCUUCAGUUGAUGACACCAGCAAACAGUUGUCUUCUAAUUCUUCUUCACAUCAAGUAAAUGCAGACUGUCUUGUCAAUAGAACAGAAUCAUUAGAGAGUGGGGAAAGUUCAGACCAAAAACUUGAUUGCACUGAUAGCAUCAAAAACACAAUGUUUAGUUCGGAAGAAGGAGAAGAAAGUGACACAAAACUGAAUUCUAGUACUUCUGUCAGUAGGAAAACUAGUACAGACAUGUCUUCGUAUCCUGGAGGCACCAGUGGGGGAAGUUUACAGCCGAAGCAACAAAAUGUUGCACAGUUAUCUGCGCAACAACUUCAGUUUCUGUAUCAGCAACAACAAGCACCAUUGUUUUACAGCCCAAGCUUUCAGUUUUCAGGAGGAGGCCAGCUACUUCCUACUUCUGUCCAAACGCAAGUGCCUAGCAAUUUUCCUCAAGGGAGUUCGCUAUACCUGCCCUCCUCAAGCUUUAUGCCAAUACUACAGAGCAAUCCAUACAGUCAGUAUCCACUUUUACCAAAUAUGAACUACACCACUACACAGAGCACUACAACCCAGGCUGGGCCCACACAGGCCAAGGACUUGUCAAGUUAACUCAUUCUUUGCCAAAGGUCUUUCAUAUGUUAGUGUUUUAUGCACCUAGCUACUAUAUAUGAUAACUUGCAUUCAUUCAAACAGACUUGACAAGAUAAUGAAAUUAUUGAUGUUGGUCUGUCUCUGGUGAAGAGGGAACAAAAUGGUCCUUCAAGGGCCAUGUAACAAAAAGUAUUAUUAUGAUUAUAUUUGUAUUUUGCAUAUACAUGUAUGUGUAUCCAACCAGGAAAUUGUAAUCAAAUUAAACCAUUAUGUCACUUACCAUUUAUAAUCACCCAUCACAGGGUGUAUUGUUAGUAGUUGAAUGCUAAUGUUUACUGAUCAACUUGUUUCAUCUUUUUUGUUCCUCUUUUAUUUCAUAAUGGGUAAAGCAAAAUGAAAAUGACAAUCUGUUUGUUACCGAUAUUUGAAGUGUUUCAUUGGAAUAUCAGAUUCAAUUUUGAAUAUAUCUCUUUUCUUUCUCACAUCCAAUGUUGAUGUACAGCUUAAGAGCUUUCAGUUUUGAUGAAAGAAUAACAAAUAAAAUAUCACUUCUUUCAUUCUGGUUUGGACUUGCAGUCUGUGAGCAACAUUUUAAAUCUACCAUCACAAGAUGGUUUGUUCAAGUUGAUCUUUUCUUGAUGGAUCAUUUUCAGAUGUGGGCUAAGUUUGGUCAGUAGUUGUGAGUUGUUCAUUUUUGGCCAGAUCAGGAAAACAAAAUGGCUUACAGAUGACCAUCUUUGAUUUAAACACAUAAAGUUUAGUAGGAAGUACUAGAUGGAUUAAUCUCUAUUUUUAGCUCUUCUGGGCUGGAAGGGUAUACAGUGGUCAUCUGUUGUCUGACUGUCUGUCAAUUGUUCUUUGCAUGUCAAUACUAGUAAUGAUCAACUGAGCAGAUUUGGACCAAAUUUGAAGGGGAAUCAAUUUUGUAUAACAAUGGGUCUUGGGGCCCCCUUGGGCAGGAAGGACAGGGCCCAAUAGGGGUCAUUUUAUAAGUUCAUAAAAAUCCUUCCCCUCCUGUAGAAUUGAUCAGAUUUAUGCAAAUUUGGUCUGAAGCAUUUGGAAAUAGAGCCAAUUCUUUAAAAUCCUUCCUCUGUAGAAAUAUCUAGAUUCUAUCCAAAUUUUAUCUGAAGCAUUCAUGGCUGAAGAGAAAUACUUUUUUUUGCAAAUGAUGGAAAAUACUACAGGUUAUUUAAAUUUGUUCUUAUACUCUAGGAAUGAUUGAACUUUGCCAAAAUUUGGGUCUGAAGCAACUUAGGAUGACGUAAACUUUUUGUGUGUAAUUGGUGCAUCCGAUUUCUGUGAGGCAGAGGGAUAUGGCCUAAUAGGGGACAUGGGUAAACUCAUUUAAUGGUUUUCAUUUAGUUAAGAUGCAGUGAUUUUCAUGAACAAAAUCAGGUACGCGAUAAAGGCCCUAAGGGCCUCUUGUCAUAUGUAGAGUCCUUUUGGUCUCUUAUUUUGUAUUGUCCAUUUUGCAAUCUGAUCGGAUAACAAAAAAAGCAGGCAAGCUGCUGUCAUGGAUUUUGACAGGUAUGGUUUCUUAUAGUUUUUUUUUUUUUAAGAGUAUAACAGGUUGGAUCAUUUUUAGAUUUCAUAUGUAGGUCCUCCUGGGUGACUCAUUUCAUUUGAGAACAGAUUAGAAAGUAGAGAAAAGAAAGGACACUGCUAAAAUACUGAUGAAGAUCAUACAGUGGCCUGAACCAAGGUCCAUCAGGAAUCUUUUGUUACUCGGUGAUAAAUUGAAUCGGAUAGCAGUUUAAUUUGCACUGUCAGCUUGAUAGAUUUUUUAUCCCGUAUGUAUAAUUGAUUUGCCACGGAAGAAAAUUAAGCCAUUAGAUAUAUUAUCCAUAAUGUUUUAAGAAAUAAAGAAAUCCAGAACUACAUGAUUAAUAGUCUUAAUAUAGUGUGGUGUAUUAAUUUUCAUUUCAUCAAACAAUUUUAAGUUACAAAUUUUCUGAACAUUUUGAAUGUAAUCUUAACAGAAGUGUUUACAAACAUUACCUUCUGUAAAAUUAAAUCCAUGUGCCAUUAAAAGUGGAUGAAAAAGAAGGCAUUCUUUUGCACAUGAUCAUAUAUUGCCAAGAAUUUCUAAAAAGGUUAGCUCGAGAUGACAUUUUUUUCUUUUAAAGCCAUGGAAAUCAUUUACCUGAUUUGAAAGCCCACCAUCAUCAGAUGGGCUAUUCCAAUUGCCCUAUGUCCAUGGAUUGUCAUCUGUAAACAAUCCUUGUUGAUGCUAUUUCUUGACAAAUACAAAUUUCAUGCGUAGGUUCGCCUUGGUUCCUAGUUGUGCCCAUUGAAUUUUGAGAACAUAAAUGUAUGAUCAGGAAAAGAAAAUGGCCCACAGGAAGCCAUCUCUUAAAUAUUGACAAUGAAAGUUUGUUGUUGCUAUUUGAGAAGUUGUGAUUAGAUCUUUCUCAAUUUUUCAUAGGUAUGCUGGUUUCCCUUUGCCCCAAGUUUUACCCUUUUGAUUUUUAGACUGACCAGAAAAACAAAUGCAACUAUUUUGAGUUUCUUGGAGGAAUUUUCAAAUUUCAUUUGUUUAAAAGCAAGAGCAAAGGAAAGAAAAGAACAUAAAGGGAAAAGUCCCACUUUUAAAGAACAAAGAAAGACCUAAAUAUGGUGGUCGCCGGAAUCCCUCUGGGAUUUCUCGUGUUGUUUAUGCAUUUUCUCAUCCAUGAUUGUGUAAUUGAAGAUGUAUAAUGUGUACCAUAAUGCUUGAAUCUUCAAACAAGUUUUAUAAAUGGUCAUCUCUUGUGUAUUGUGUUUCACAAAUCAUUCCUGAAAUUUUAACUUCGCACAAUAUUUACAUGAAUUUAGAAAAUUUGAUUGGUCAUUAUGCACUUGGAAAUCAUCCAUUUUUAGACUUAAGCUUUACACCUAUUGCUAUUGUUUAAAAGAGAAAUUUUAACCACCCUGCAUCUUUACACACUCCAGUGCUGUACAUAAUAUGCAAUAUUGUGCAUGCUAUUUGCAUCUUAUUUGAGAACAGAAGAAAUUAAAAACCAUCAUCAAUUUAUUAAAAAAGAUUAUCUUUCAAAGUAGAAUGAAGAAUCCCCAUAAUAUUUUGGAGAGAAACAAUACCAAGUGUGGGUAGUGUUUUAUUAGGUGGAAUAUGCUUUGACAACAUUGCCAAGGUGUUUGACUGAAAUUAUUCAGUAUUAUUAAAUGACGUAAUUUGUCAAAAUUUAUUUUAUGUAUGUGCAUUUCAAUUCUGCAUUUUUUUGUGAUUUGCAAAUACAUUUACGUUUUGUUCAGCUUUAAGUACUUUUAUUGUUAAACACAUGAUAAAAGAGUUCAUACCUGUUACCUUUAUUACACUUGGACUAAAACUGUAAUGUUGUUAAGUGAAAAUCUAUUGUUACAAAGUAAGAACUGUUAACAUAUGUCAAGUCAUCUUUCAUUUUCUCAUUUCAUUGCUGUUAUACAUAUUGUUAACUUUGUCGAAAAGACAAGUCCCGGUAAUAUAAUGGUGGCAGUAGAAGUAUUGCUAGUCCUAAAUGUUGUAGAGGUAUACAUUCUUGAUCAUAUCCAUACAAGUAAUAACUACUAAUGAGGAAAAAAUUCAUGUGGUUGUUCCCCUUGGUCUCUAGUUGUCAUUGCCAUUUUGAGGCUGAUUAAAAUAACAAAUUGACUGACUGGCAGGCAUAAUUGAUUUUGAAAGUUGAAAUUUGUUAUGCUGUUUUUUGAGAAGUACCAGGUGGAUCUUUCACAGAUUUCAUAUGUAGACUUCACUCAGUCCUGGAUAUACAUGUUUAAUUUUGGGAUUGAUGAAAAAAACAGGCUGCCGUCUUUAAUUUUGACGGGUUUUGUUGGCUAUUAUUCUAGAGAAUUACUGGAUGGAUCAUUUUCAAAUGUAGGUUUCUAUGGGUGAUUAGUUUUACAUGUUCAAUUUUAGAACAGACCGGAAAUAAGAUGAUAGGGGAAAGAUCAAGAUCAAACAGUAGUGGAUGCCAAGGUUCCUGUGGGAUUUAGAUUAGAACAAUUUACACAGUGGUAUACAGCACAAGAUCACUAGUUUUCAAUACUCUUGACUAGUUAUUCAUAUAUGCUUAUUGUUUGGCAUUACCUACAAAACAUAUAAAUGAUCUUUGCUGUACAACCUUUUUUUUUUUUCAUAUUGGACUGAGAAAAAUCUGGAUAUGAAUUUUCAAGUAUAGAUAAAGUUUUUUUCCAAACAAAUUUUAAAACAGGAAUGUAACAACUGGAACAAAGUCAAGAAAGCCAGUGUACAUGACAUAUCAUUGGUGUUGUUAUUUGAUGUAAUCUGGUUUGGCGAAUAUACAAGUUUUACCAUGUGUUUACUGUAUACUUGUAUGUUCUUAUCAUUCCCAUUUUGAAAAGAAUCUUACAUAUGUGCUGAUUUUCUGUACUAAGAAAGAAACUAGAUGUUUUAAAGCUUCCGUUCAGCAGUCUUUUUAUUAGUGAAUCAUUUCCCUAUUACACGCCUAUUAGAUUCAACCAUUUGCUCAAAUUUUCAAUACUCUUGUAUACUUAUCUUUACACACUCAGUAAAUGAGAAAAUUAUAUACCAAACUUUCUGGCUGUAUUUGAAUGUAAGUUAUGUUAGGUAGUAAUAGAUUGAGUAGAUUUUGGAAGUCUACUUGUGUGGCUGGUUUUAUGUAGAAAUUCAUCAAUUUGCUGUUUUGCCUCAUUUUAUUUUUGGUCUAGAUGAUUUCCAAGAAGAAAUAGCAUCAGUCUAAUUACAAAAUUAUUUUUUUUUCUGUUUGGAAGGAGAAAAGACGUGUGUAUCAAUAACAACCAUUGCAGAUUUUUAACAGUAUCUUGUAAGAAUUUAAACACAGUGUAUGUCUGCUUUAUAUUGAUUUUGUCUGUGGGAAAAGUUUGACUUUUACUGAUAGUUUUCUGGGUAUCAGGGUUGUCUUUGACAAAGUGGGAAACUAUUGACAAUGAGAAAAAGUAUUUGAAAUAUAGCUAGGAUGUGAUAUAGGUUUAUUAAGCCUAUAAAAAUUAAUUUGAAAAAUUUGUAAAGUUGAAAUAUUAUUUCAGUUUGUUGCUAUCAAAGAACUAGUCCUAUUCCAUUUGAUGGUCGUUUAUUGACACCUUUCUCAGCGAUAUGAUGGCACAAAAAGUGCAAAAAAUGUGCAAUUUUUUGAAAACUUGCAAAUAUAUAAAUAUGAUAUAAAUUCAUAGCUAAUAAAGAGAUUGAAGAAUGUUACACUAGACCCAUGGAGAAACGCUAGUUUCCAUGGAGUUUGUAUAUGUAUUUGUGGUAGAGGAUAAUAUCUCUACAUGUGAUAAUUAAAAAAUGCUGGAGAUUGUAAAUUUUUGUUGCUAUGUUAUAUUUUUUGAAUCUUAAAUGAACAAUGCAAAGGGAAGCUUUUUUGCAGUAAAGAGUGCCAGAAACUUUGAA